AUCCACGCAAUUGAUUAUUCCAGUCUGGGGCAAGCGUCAAACUUACGCAUGUAUAAGUAAGUUUGACAGUCGUUCCCUACUGGAGCAGUCGCACUGAUUUUUACUCCUGUUAAGAGUGUAUGCGUGAUACUCCGUAUCGGAACAAAAGAAGGGAAAUUUGUACGGGAAUUCGCUUGUGUGUAGAUGCAUGUAGAAAGAAUCAAAGCUCACAUCGCUUUGUCAUAAUACGGUUGCUUCUAAUUGUGAAAUAGCAUUUCAGUCAUACUGUUCGAUUCGAACGUGCUUGAUAAGUUGGAAAACAUUUCAGAUCAUCACAUUCAUCUUUGAAUUUUUGGAAAGAACUUGUGAUAAAAAGACAAGGAACACCUCGGAACAGCUACAUCGGUUUAAAAUGAGUGGAGAAAAGUUUAAUUCGUGUGAUUUUGAUUUAUCUCUCAAAGAAAUCAAUCAACUAACAUCAGAAGAAGAAUCAGUUCACACUCCGAGAGAACGAAAUAUCCAAGAUGACAAAGAAGACAUACUGAAAAAUGAUGCAGCAUCUCCUGCGAUUUUCAAAUUGGAUAUUGACUGUUUUCAUGAAAUCUUCGAUUGGCUACAACUGCACGAUGUGACUUCGUUUGGUAGAACAUGUAAGCGAUUGCAACAAGUGGCUGGUGAUUUCUAUCGAUCAAAUUAUGUGUCGAAGAGAAUAAUUGCUGAAAGCGGAGGCUAUAUAUUAUAUCAUGAUUUGAAUAUAUUCACUCCAUACAUUGAAAAAAUAUCAAUUUGUGGAAAUAAUUCGGAAGUGUAUGAUUUUGUCGGGAUAAAAUGUAAAUCAAUAAGAGAAAUUCGAUUGGGAAAUAAUUUGCCUGAAGAUGCAAUUGAACGCAUAAAAAACGUUUUGAAAAAAGUUGAAGUUAUUGAGAUGAAUGAAUGCACUUUUCGACAGGAAUUUUACGAAUAUUUCCUUAAACAAUGUCCAAAACUGAAAAAAUUAAGUGUCAAAAGAUCAUAUAAAAUCCGGAAUAAAGCCAUUAUUAUUGGUUCAGAUAAUGAUUGGCUGCUGCGAAAAUACCCAACGCUUGAACACAUCGAAUUGACCGACAUAUAUGAAUUUCAAAUGAACGAGUUGAACAACUUUUUUGAGUUAAAUCAUAAUGUUCGCAGUCUUUCAAUCGAUUCUGCAAGUCUAGAAGCAAAUCAAGAUUUAUUUUUGUCAUCUAAUACAAAGUUGGAAAAAUUGACAGUUGAAUUUUCAAGUCAAAAUUUGUCAAAGCCCGUUAAUGAUUUGCUAGCUCAAUUACAUGAACGAAACUUCUUCAAACAUUUGCUCGUCUAUUUCCGAUUUGAUCCACAAGAGAAUCUCGAACAAAUGUUCGCGAUGCCUUUUUCAACCUCAUUGGAAUCGUUAAAUUUUGAAAUUCCUUGGCCAAACCGCAUGAUCAACAUCGACAUUUGUUCAAAAAAUUUGAAAGUACUAGGUAUUAACAAUGCCAAUAAAAUACUAAAUAUAGAGGCUUUGCCAAGGAAACUACCUAAUCUUGAAAAAAUUUAUUUCGGAGAAGCCAAUCCAAAAGAAAUAUGGCCAUUUAUUUGUGGUUCCGUAAAGUUAAAAACCAUUAAGAUUUUAAACAUGGUUCAUUCAGAUGGGAUUUAUUCCUUUAGCGAGUUCCCCGAUGUACAGAAAAUGAACGAGAAACGUAAAAUGUUAGCGGGAGCACGAAAAGUUGUAAUUUAUAUUUGUGAGCGUCUUUUAUUGGUUUCCAAAUGGGCGAAAAAAGCGACAAAUCUUGAUCUAAUUGAGUUAAGACGUUUUGAAUCAAUCGAAUGGAAUGAUCUUAAUUCACACUUUAGACACAAUCAUUCCAAACAUUAUUUUUAGAUUGGAAAAAUUGAAUUUGUUCUAACGAUUUUUCAAAAUAAAAUAAAAGUUUGAAUUUAUAUGAAAAUAAUUUAAAAUGUGAAUUUAAUAAAUCGAGUUUUGAAUCCUAA